UCGAGUGAUUUUCAAGCAGAAUGUAACAGAUGUCAAACGGGAAAAGCACAAGGCACACAGUACUCUUUCUGUGUGUGUCGGUCUCUUUCUUUUUUUUUUUCUUUUAUUUGCUUUAUUCUAUAGGAUUUUUGUCCUCUAAGAUUCUACCUGGGAUUUUCCUUUGGAAAAGUUGCUGUGGUUCCAACAAAAUAUGGAACUUGAUUUUGGACAUUUUGACGAAAGAGACAAAGCAUCUAGGAAUAUGAGAGGGACACGGAUGAAUGGGCUUCCAAGUCCCACUCACAGUGCCCACUGUAGCUUUUACAGAACCAGAACCUUGCAGGCACUAAGUAAUGAGAAGAAGGCCAAGAAGGUACGUUUCUACCGCAAUGGGGAUCGAUACUUCAAGGGGAUUGUGUAUGCUGUUUCCUCUGACCGUUUCCGUAGUUUUGAUGCCUUGCUGGCUGACCUGACUCGAUCCUUGUCCGACAACAUCAACCUGCCUCAGGGAGUGCGCUAUAUUUACACCAUCGAUGGAUCCAGGAAAAUCGGAAGCAUGGAUGAACUGGAAGAAGGGGAAAGCUAUGUCUGUUCUUCAGACAAUUUCUUUAAAAAGGUUGAAUACACCAAGAAUGUCAAUCCCAACUGGUCUGUCAAUGUAAAAACAUCUGCCAACAUGAAAGCUCCCCAGUCCUUGGCGAGUAGCAACAGUGCUCAAGCCAGAGAGAACAAGGACUUUGUGCGCCCCAAACUUGUGACCAUCAUUCGCAGUGGCGUGAAACCUCGGAAGGCAGUGCGUGUGCUUCUCAACAAGAAAACAGCCCACUCUUUCGAGCAGGUCCUCACCGAUAUCACAGAAGCGAUCAAGCUGGAAACGGGAGUUGUCAAAAAACUCUAUACCCUUGAUGGAAAGCAGGUCACCUGUCUCCAUGAUUUUUUUGGUGAUGAUGAUGUGUUUAUUGCUUGCGGUCCUGAAAAGUUCCGCUACGCUCAAGACGAUUUUUCUUUGGAUGAGAAUGAAUGUAGAGUCAUGAAAGGGAAUCCUUCUGCCACAGCUGGCCCAAAAGCUUCCCCAACACCUCAAAAGACAUCAGCCAAGAGUCCAGGCCCAAUGCGCCGCAGCAAGUCUCCAGCUGACUCAGGUAACGACCAAGACGCAAAUGGAACGUCCAGCAGCCAGCUGUCAACACCCAAAUCGAAACAGUCUCCUAUCUCUACACCCACUAGUCCAGGGAGCCUUCGGAAGCACAAGGUAGACUUGUAUCUGCCGCUGUCCCUGGAUGACUCUGAUUCACUUGGCGAUUCCAUGUGAAAGAUGAUAGGUUACAUAAAAACCUAUCAUUAUAGCAGAAUAUGUUCGCUCAAGUGACCAACAAGGCUAUUGGUGCUUAACCAUUUUUGUUGUUGUUGUUAUUUUUCAAAAUACUCUGUAGCACGUAGGGUUUAUUUUCUUGUGACUUUUCCUCUGGGCCACUAAUUUACAAUUACCAAUAAUGAGAGAUAGAUUGAUAACCAUCAUUUUGAGUGACUUUUGAGAACUGAAAAAUGUGCUAGUCCAUGACCUUUCUACUGAAUGCUUAGGGGCCUUUUAUUUUCCCCACUCAAUUUAUUAAGAUACUAGUCUCUCUUAUGUGGAAGGCUGUUUACAUACAUAUCACUUAAAAUGUUUGUGUGUGGGGGAAACAUUCCUAUGCAGAUCUAAAAGUGAAAAACCUAAGUGUCCCUUGCCUCUGUAUCUUCAAAAUGCUGGAGGAUCUCAGGAGGGUGGCAAGUCAGAUCCUUGACCUCGCUCUUUGCUCUUCAUUGAGCCCCCAGUGUAUUGUGUAGCACUAAUCCUGUCUGUCAAGAAGGAGAACCACCAGCUACUUAUAAUAAUGUGACAUCAUGUGCUUAGGGCUAUAGAAUAGCGUAGGGCUAGCUGAAAGAGAUGAGGCAGAAUUGGGUGAAAAACUGCCCAAAUUUCAGUAGGAUUUAUAAAGCACAGUAGAUUCCUGGUCAACCCCUCUGUUGGGGAAAUUUGGAAUCAAUAAACAAUUUGUGAGUUUGGGUAAGUGAUGUCAUAUAUAUGAUUCCUCCAGGAGGCUUUCUAACAUACAAAGUUAGUACACGAAGAGUAUGGUAUCCAUCUAGCUCUGUUCUAUUGAAUGCCUUGUAAACAACCAACAUUACAAACACUGUGAGAAUUUGUUUUCAGGUCUGACACCUUUGGUAGCUUUUUAUAGCAAGAAACCAUAUCCUUUUUUAAUAAAAACUCAAGUCUGUAUUUCAGGAGCAAAACUCUGCAGGCUCCCUUUUUUAUAAACUGGUGAUUUUUUCCUUUGUCUAAAAAACACAAGCAGAAAAUUUACCAAAAAAAUGCAGCAGAAUACUGUAGUUUAGAAAUCAUGCUCUCACUGCCAAACAGAAAGCUCCGGGAGAAAAUACUAUGACUAGAGGCCAAUUCAAUAGAAUCAGUCUUUUGAUACCUUUUUAACAGUUACACUUACAGUAAUAAUUUCAACGUGGACCAGACAUUCUAGUUAUAUUUUAAAUGAAAUGUUAUGGCAUAUUUUAAGUAACUCUUUUUUAUCUAUAAUCCUAAUAUUUCAUACUGAAGAUGCAGAGACCUUUCACUUGUCUUUAGCAUUAGAAAGGAUUUCUCUUUAUUAAGGAUUGAUCACUUGAAAUAACUCUCAGUCUUUGAGGUUUAUAACACUGAUUUUUGUCUGUAGUCAUAGCCCAUAAUAGCCAACUAAAUUAAGGUGAAAGCCAUGCAUGCCAAGUCUGUGUUUGAUUUUAAUAGAUAGAAAUAUUUCCUUUAUUUCUUUGUAAUUGUUCAGUUAGUUUGAAAGAUGCAACAUUCAAAGCCAAGAUGUUUGGCUGCUGAAUGAUAUGCAGCUGUCCCUCCAUUCUAAGUAGAAUGAGUGUGGGGUUAGAGUGUGUGUGUGUGUGUGUGUGUGUGUGUGUGUGUGUGUGUGUGUGUCUAGGCUGCUUCACAAUUAGGAAAUACUGCAGGACAACUCAACAUGGAUUGAUGGCAACUUGGUGGUGUUGUUGAUGUGCAGGGGGAAGUAGGAUGGAAGGGGUAGUUAGAGGCCCCUUGAUAAUUUUAAGAUGUCCUUAAUUACAAGAUUAUAAGAAACUUUUUUGUGGGGGAUCAGGAGAAGUGAGAUGAUGCAAGUUCUGAUUGCUGGUGAAACUGAUCAUUGAAGAACCUGAAAUGAUGAGGUUCUGCUCUUGUCCUUCCUUUAUCUGUAUACUCACAGGAAAUGAUUAAGAAGCCCAGUUCACUUUGCCCUUAUUUCCUUAUAGAAGCUCAGUUUUUUCUUAGUGCCUCCCAGAAUAUUUGAGUUAGUUAGGGCAAAUUGAUUAUUCUGGAUGGAUAGAAAUUACGGAACCUCUGGGCUAGAUGCUCCAACACACUCCAUGUCAGUCUUUCAGAAAUCCUUGUAGUCUAGCUUUAUUCAAGAUGUUAACAUAGAGAUCCAGACAGCUUAAUGAUCUACGGAAAGAGUAGGAACAGAGAAAAUUCAAAGUUCCUCAUGCCCAGGCUUCUCAGUAGUUCUCUGAGUAUUUCCUUACCUGUGGCAUAUAGACGACUAGAAAAUACUAUGGGCAUGUUUUCUUUAGAGUGUUCUUGGAACAGACAUCCUUCUAUGACAACAAUGCCCUUUCUGUCCUCUUUGAACUAAUUACAAGGGAACCUUUUGCAAAUAUUUUUCAUUUCUGUACGGGCACAUAUACAUGUAAGAAAACAUUUAGUUUUAUUGCUACUUCAUGUGGCAAGGCUUGGUGUAGCUGAAAACUCAAUAAUUUCACUUUAAAUUGGCUCAUAUUCAAGUAAUUAUUUUGCAAUACUGAGCUCAUACCUCCCCCUUAUUAAUUCCCAGUUUUAUCUAAUUCAGUUUUACCACUUUAGACCCAGUGUGUUGAGUAUACAUGGUCAGCAAGCAUUUGCCACUGCUUCCCAUAAUGUCUCUCUGAUACAAACACACACACACACACACACACACACACACACACACACACACACACCAUGUUGCUUGUUCCUACCUCCUGACUUUUCUUCCCCACAGAAUUAGAAAUAGGGGCAAAAAAGGGAAAUGUAUAUAUGGGGGCUGGGUGAACAGCUAACUUUGUAAGUAGUGGUAAUUAGAAUUAAAGUGAGAGAAAAGCUUCUUUUCUCAUAACUGGUUUGGAAAGGAUAGCCAUUAGCAUGACUGCUUUCUGUCCUUAUGGACUUGGUGUUAGCCUAGACUGAAUCAUAGCAUUUUCUAGCUGGAAGGAAGCUUAAGAUCACAUCAUCUGCUCCAAAUUCUUCGUUUUCUUAAGGCCAGGAAACAGACAAAGAAGAAAAGUAAUUUCUCUCCAAGGUCGCACAGCUGCCUGCUGGCAGAGCUGGGAUUAGAACCUACACCUCUUGGCUCUUGUUUCAGGGCCUUUUCCAACUAGCCAGUAUUGUCUUCUGUGAGGAUCCUGAAAAUUCUUUCCCAGGGUCAUGUUGCAUCCUGGAUCCAUAUUUUACUUUGUUGAUCUCAGCAACAAAUCCACUCCAAAAAGUACUCUGAUUCUUCCUCCUCACAUUCUCAUAGAUUCAUCCACAUGGGUUGCAGAUAGCCCCAAAGAGAGGGAGGCACUGAGAUCCAGAGGAUUGAUGCCCAAAAUUGAGGAAUCUUCCAAAUAGGCCCCUCCCUGUGCUCCUGCUCUAUCCAAGUGGACUAGAAAAUGUCUACUUCAAUGUCAUUAUCACACUUGCUCUUUCUCCCGGGACAAGGGAGUGGUUUAUUGUUUCCCGAGCAGAGAAAAUAAGAACUGAAAAAUAGAGCAAUAGCUUUGUUUAUUCUGACUUUCUGAGAUGACUUUUUCCUUUUAGCAUUUAAAAUCUAGCCUGGCUCCAUGUGGGUUUUUUGCAGCAAGGCUCUCUGGAAACUAAUUAUUAUUAAUUGAGCUCUGAAAGACCUCUUACUAGGUUUACCCAUGUUCAGGAACUUCUCUUUUCUCCUCCUCUACAGUUAGGUAGGACCAGGAAUCCUAAAGUAGGACGUGUAGCUUCUAUAUCUUAUAUACUUCUGAGAAUCAUCCAGCCCAAGUUUAAGGCAAAUAAUACAAUGCUUGAUCUGUGUCUCCAUUCCCAGUCUCUUCAGUAUUCUAGAGAGUCCACAUUCCCUCUCACAUCUGAUUCCAAAUGGGUUUCCCUUUUAGAAAACAAAGAAGUAAUACAAACCCUACCUCCUUGGUAUGGGAGAAGUAGCAUGUCCAUGUGUCCCAAAUGAGCUUCUGCAGUGAUGAGAAUGUUUCAAGAGACAAGGCUGCCUCAGUCACGAGACUUCUCUAGCAGAAACACCAUGGCAACAUAGCUUUACUGACUUUCUUCAUGGUGGUCUAACUUACUGAAAAAUCAAGGCAAGGGAUAUUUCUCUUUUCUUUCUUUUUUUAAAACAGUGAUUGGAACUUGUUCUUGGGCACAUAAGGUCACGUGUACCCACAUCUAGGUCUCAUUUAUAUACUGCCUUCACUAAAUUAAGAGGUUUGGCUUCUAGGUUCAAACUGGUUUCCUAAGAAGGUCAGGGUUUGGGAUUUGAGAGAUGCUUAGCAUUUUAGAGCACUGGCUGCUCUUCCAGAGGAUCUAGGUUUGAUUUCCAGUGCCUACAUGGCAUCUCACAUCUGUAACUCAAGUUCCAGGGGAUCUGACACCCUAACAUAGCCAUGCAUGCAGACAAAACAUCAAUGCACAUAAAUUAUUUUUAAAAGAAGGUCAUGGGUGUCUUGGAGCGCAUGUAAGAGCAUAGGAGUGUCUAUAGUCCUAUGGUUUAGAGUUUGAACCCUAAAAUAAUAAAGGUUGAAUGCAGACCUGGCCAUUUAAAACAUGUCAGAAGUAAUCUAGGACCUUUUUGUAGCAAUAGAACCCUGAAAAUGCUAGGACUUGUCCCUAAUCUGGAAUUUAGAGGCUGCCAUGCUUCUGCCUCUAUCCCACUAAAACCACACAUAUAAUACCACUCACUCUUCUGGGAAUCAUGAAUGAUUUCCUCUUCUUGCAUGGCCACUGGGAACAAGGAGAGCUCACUGAGUUUUCAUUCUUUCUUUUUGGUUAGAGAGGCAUCUCCCUUGGGUGAAAAAUGGAGUUCCCAUAGCUAUCACACCAAAAGCCUCAUUUAUUCUUUCCAUCUAGCCUUAGUGUUGUUUUGAUUAUCUCCUCUUUAAGGAGCAAUGCAGAGCUCAAGAUUUGGUCAAGCUGCUGUAAGAUUGGUUAUCAUUUGGGAAUUGGAGUGUUUCUUAGUUUACAGGUGUCAAAAUCUUCUGGAAUUAGAAAUGAUUUUCCACCUGUCUGGGGGUACUUGGAGCUAGAGAAUUCUCAUCGGAAAGUAAGGUACUUCCCUGCUUAGGUUAAAAGGGCAGGUGAUUUGGAAAAGGUCAAAUAGAAGAAAUCAGAAAAGAAAAUCUUGUAAACUAAAGCAAGACCUGAAGGCAUCGGAAUUUCUUAUUUCUGGGCAAUAACUCAAGGAAAUAAGUGGCUUUUUUUCAUUCUACUUGCCAUUUCCUUUCCCCAUCUAGAUGCCUAUUUUUGCUCUCAGUUUAAACUCUGUUAUCAAUCUCUCAUACCAUAGGAAAAAAUCCCAUCCAAUUCUUUGACUUAUGCAGUCCUUCCCCCUCUUUCAGAAUCCUUUGCUUCUUCUCUGUCUUACCACUGGGUAUAUACAAACUCUUAGCUUGUAAGUUUAGCCUUGUGAUUGAAGAGAAGUUAUUUUCAGUCUCAACAAUUCCGGGUCCUACUCCUGAUAUUCAGCCACAAGUAGGUUGGUGGAAAUAAACAUUAAUCUGGCCCUUCCUUCUUUUCUGUUUUAGUCUCAGCAGAUCUUUUCGAGCAUCGUCGUUACAGCUCAUGGAUGUUUUGGUCUUUACCUUCUAAGCAAGCAUUGUACAGUACACUUUGUGAUUUUUUUUCAGUCUGCCAUUUGGUGCAACAGUGUAGUGUGCUCAGAUAAAUAAUCAGCUGAACAGGAAAAAUCCUCCCAUCCAUUCAAAUUGGCUAGAUAUUCUUAGUUAAUUUCAUUUAAUUUGCUCAUAGUUUAAGAAAGCUGCAAUAUAAUAUCAUGGGAGACCACAGAUAAUAUGUUGAGUGGGGAGGGGAAGCAGAAACAAUUUGUUUAAACUUUUACCAGUACUCAUUAAGCUCUCUGUUAUAACAUUAUUAUGUGUUUUCUGCCUGUUGAAUUGUUUAAGCAAAACUGGUAGGCAAUUGAGUUUAAUUUAAGCCAAAAGAGUAUUUAGCAAAUUCAGGCUGUAGAAGAAACUACUAAGUUGAAAUGCAUUUGUCCUUCUGAUACUACAUUUACCUAAACAUUUUCCUUUUAACACCAACUGUUCAUGGUCCAGCACAGGCAGUCCAUGUAUGAGUAAUUAGCAGGCUUAAGAAGCCUGCUAAUGAAUUCAACAGAGUGCACAACCCCUGGGAAUGUCACUGCUCAGCAAUACCAUAUGCAUUGCCCAAUUUUCCCGUGACUUUUCUUUCUAAAUUCUCUUAAAGGGGUUUAAGAAAGUAAGAGGUUAUGCUAAAAUAUAUCUGAUGUUUGGUAGUAUAUUAUAUUGCAGCAUUAAGUCAACAACCUCUUAUGACUUGUACACAGCUAAUGCAUGGUUUGAGACUGGAUUUUGCAUUUUUUCAUGUGCAGUAAAUUAUUUUAAACGUUUUGGUCACCUUUUUGUGCCAUUAAUCUUGUACAGAAAAUGCUUUUAUGGCCAUUUUCAAAGGGAGAAAGUUUAAAAUGGAAACAGCCCACCCUUUCUGCCCUAUAGCUGUAGUUAGAAUUGAGUAACUGUAGCAAAACAGCUGUAAUUGGUGGUUGUAGUGUUAGAGAUGUUAGCUUGCUAGUGACUACCUUUGGAGAGUAAAUGCAUGGUCUUGUACAUCACAUUUCUUAAAUAACUCCUUUUAACCUCUGAAAAGAAUAUAUUAUUCCAUGUGGCCCUCUUCCCUCUCUCCACUCCCUGCUCCCAGGUUUCUCACAAUUAACUGUAAAUAACUGAUUAAGGGGCCAAGAAUUCUUGCCAAGUAAACUCAGCAAAGAGAAAAUAAACCAAAAAGGGGGAAGAGGUUGAAAAGAAUUUUACAACAGUUCCUCAGAAAUGAUUGACUGUUUCUCAAGGCAUGGUAUGUUGAUUAAAGACUCACCUCUCUUUUACAUACAAAUAAGAGGAAAACUGGGGGUGUCUUUGGUUGCCAAGUUACGUUGCAGAAUUGAAUAAGUCUCGAAAUCACACAACCCAACGAUGUGCCAGAUCCCUGCAUUACUUUUGUGGUAUCUGGAGGCAUCAGAAGGUGGUGAUCAAUAAUUAUGAGGGGAAAAGAAAAGCAAAACAGAAACAUGCAAGAGAUAGGGGUUUCAGCUACCUCUCAGUCAAGCAAAGGCAAGAACAUGAUGUGUUUAGAUACAUUGCUGUCUUUUUUCCCUGGCAACACAGCACACUCUUAGACUGCGAGUGAUGCAAAGGCUGUGUUUCAAGAAGACACUCUUCUUUUUGGUUUACUGGUUUCUCUUGGACUGGUAUGUUAGGCAAGGCCCAUGGAAGCUGGUUAGAGCAGGCCCUUUAUAUCUCCUGUGACUGUUAAUCUCCCCUGCUAUAAUUUGAUGAGGGCUCUUUGGUUUGAGGACUUCAAGGUUGCCUAGGGAAGUUUCCCCAUGUGUGUGAGGUAUUGUGAACUAUGAAUACUGUGCAUCUGCAGUGUUCAAUACUGGGCAGCCAUAGAACUGCUCUUGCAAUCUUUUUUGGCUCUCAAGCUCUGUUCUCCAUCUCAUUCUCAUUUCUGUGAACAUUUGCAAGAUGUGUGUAAUGUCAUUUUCCAAAAAUAAAAUUUGAUUUCAAUA